CUCCGAGAUUUGGCAAUAUCCGGCGUGUUCUCGGUGAAUUGGUGACAUUAAUUCAAUGGAAUCUGGAUGUUCAGUGUUAUAUACACACACACACAUUUUAUGUAUUUCUUUUCAGAGACUUGCUGACCUUUUCUUUACAUCGCACUCGUGUUGUGCAUUGUUUGUUCGCUGUAACUGUCUCACCCGCUCCUUAUGGACAUCUGUGAACAAAAUAUCUUCAUAGCUCAUCGGAUUCCUCCCGGAUAAAUGAAGAUUCUAAUUCUGCUGUGAUGAUUGCAAUCCGCGGGGAAGGGCGUUAUAAAGGUGAACCGGGGAGCUGUCACCGCUCGGCGGCAGGGGUUACGUCACUAAGCCGGUACCGCUGUGAACUGUAUUCAAAUCUGGGGUUCAGUCCCUCGCCUUGUGAAUACAGUUCACCGGAGUUUCCACGGGCAAGCGAGUCGAUGGACGGACGCCUCAUCACAAACGACCGCACUCAACGAGAAGACACCGCCCUGCCACCCCCAUCGCGUUCGGUGGUUCGCUUCACGUGGCAACAACAAUAACAACAACAAAAAUUCCAACCACGUCAGUGCGACGAUAAAUCUGUACGGGCGGCGAUGGCAAGUGCAGUGAACCCCCCCCCACCGCCCCAGUGUGAAUGUGUCGGCUACUUGCAGGGGGUGAUCGCAGAAGCAGAACUGUGACAUCACCUCCUUGAGCGGACCGUUUCUACAAACGCAGGCUACAACGCGCUGCUUUGCGAGAGAUCCCAACGACCAGCGUCAGUGAAUAUAACGCCGCGAAUAAUUGUUUGAGUUUUUUUUUGUUUUAUACGAUCACCAAACCGUUGGACGUGGCCUGCAGGGUGGGUGGGCGCUCACGCGGGGAGGGGAGAGGUGGUGCAGUCGCUGUCCGCCGACGUGGGGGUGCUGAAGACUCGACCGAGCGGGCCACACGGAGCGAACGCGGGUGACUGUCGGUCAAGCCGUCAGAACCGUGGGCCCAGCGGCAACACCUUCAGCGUUACGCGUUGCAGUCACGAGGCCGGUGUUUUGUCAGGCGAGAGGGAGCGGCCGCGAGGCGGCGAGCGCAGGGAGAUGGAGGCUGAAGGAUUCUGAUUUGGGGCUGAGCGGAGGCGCAGCCGCGAGCUGGGCACACAUGCAGGCCAGUCCCGCGGCCGUGGCAGGGGCCGAGGCCGGAGCCGGGGUGGUGCUGCGCGCCCCGAGGGACGCGCAGGAGACGGUGCGGGCCUCCCUCAUCCUCGCCUCCGUCAAGGAGCAGGAGCUGCAGUUCGAGCGGCUGACGCGUGAGCUGGAGGCGGAGCACCACAGCGUGGCCACGCAGCUCCAGCGCUGCCGUCUCGGGUCGGAGGCCGGCAGCGCGAGCAGCGUCAGUUCCAAUGAAGAGGCUUUCCACUGGCGGUCGACAGCCGCGCCCGCGGGCCGCCCCUACGGUUCCCCGCGCGCCGCCUCGUUCGCCGAGACGGGAGCCAGCGACAGGGGUUCGGGGACAUCCAGGGGCCCCGCCGUUACCCGCUCGCUCACCAGCGGCGGCGGCGCCUGUCCAGACGCGGCCGAUUUUUCGCUUGCACGGUGCGGCUCCCGGGACUCCGGGACAGUGGGGGACCGGGGCGACGCUGCCACCGGCGGUGACGACGGAACGAGCGGCCGCUACGGUAACAACAACGGCGGCGGCGGUGGCGCCGAGGCGACUGCCGACGUCGGAGGCUUCUGCGGCCGCAAGGGAGGCGUGAGCGGAGGCGCCGUUCCACCGGGGGCAUGGCACCUCCCCGGCGGCUGGAGGCACAGCCGGGCAACAUCAGACAAUGCGGUGGGGCGACCGAAUGACCUCGAAUCCACGGAGCCGUCGCCGCCGCCGCCGCCGCCACCGCGCCCUUUCCCAGCGUCACGCUCCAGCGCCUUCUGCUCGCCCUCUUCCCGCCGGGCAACCCACGCGUCGCCCCCGGGGGCCAGAGUCCCUCCCUUCUCCGCCGACGGCCCCGCGACCCGCUCGUCACCGGGCGCCAUCGCCGACUCGGCGCCUCAACAGCGGCCGCCGGAGAAUCCGGAGAACAGCCUCGCCGGAAUGAGGUUUGCCGUAACCAGGAGAAGCAGCCUGGGGAAGGAGGAGUCGAUCUUCGGCCUCACCGGCAAGUACCUCUGCAGGGAGUCUCUGCUCGGCAAGCGGGUGAGCCUCCCUGGUGGCGAAGUUCCGUCGCGAGAGAGCGACUGCACCUACGGGGACGGCCCAGCCGCCGGCGCGCAGACGUCGCCUUUUAAGAACAGCAAAAGCUCCGCCGCUCUGCCCGAGCUGCCCGGGGCGUACGGCUGGGCGGCGUCACCGCGGCGGGCGAGCUCCUCCUACGACAAGGACAGCUCGCGAGGAUUCGUCUCCCGCCCGGCCACCCCUCCAGAAGCGUCGCGAGCGGGCGCUGCGUUCUACUCGGACGUCGCAUCCGUGAGCCCCCUCCGCAGCUCCUAUGCCGACUCGUCCACCCGCCACCGCCCGCCCGACGGCAGGGAGCGGUACAGUCUGGACCAGGGCUACGGAGCGGAGCCCGGCAAGGGGUAUGGCCACCUGGGGAGCGAUUGGCGUGGCGUGCGUGCAGAGCGGAGCUGUCAGAGUGACUCACUGUCUCUGCAAUGCACUGCCGACCACCUGGGCUACGGGGAGCAGAGUCCCUUUAAUGAUGCGGGCGAGCAGAGCCGGGAGCGGCAAACGACUCCUGACAGGUGGCUGCCCAGGGACCGAUAUGGCCACGAGUCCGCAGAGGCGUUCGCCGAGCCCGCGGGCAGCUCGCCGUACCCGCCGUACCCGCCCUCGCCGAGCGAGCAGCUCGCGAGGGUGGCCAGGGGCGACGGCUACGGCCACGGCGGGGAAGAAAGUCCGCCGGCGGGCCCGGAGCGGCAGUGGCAAUCGAGCGGACGACGUUACAGCCAGCAGACGGAGGGACCUUACGACGACCCCGUGGCACGCGUGCGGCCCGCCCUCGGCGCGUACGUGGACGGCCAGUCGGAGCGGCGCUGCUCCACGCUCAACCGAGCUUGGAGCGGCAGCCGACACAGCGUCAGCCUGUACGGCCAGGGCGGCUACGCGGACGCGUGUGCGCAGCGGGACGAUCGACAGAGCGCGGCGCACCGCUCCCCGCACGACGCCCCCCGCUCGUCCGGCAGGAGGCUGAGCCAUCAGGAGGUCGCGCUCGGCGGGUCGAUGAGCCGGGAGGCGGAGAACGGGCGGGUCGGCACGAGCCGCCACGGCCGCGGGGAGGCGUUCUCACACGCGUGGCCGAGCGGGCGCAGGGGCAGCCUGCAGCCGGGGGGAGCCGCGUACGACGACGACGACGAGCCGGGGGACACUCGGGGCUCCCCGCUGACGUGGCGAGCGUCUCACUGCCUGUACGAGCGGCGCGGGGCCCAGUUCCUGGGGCAGCUCGCAGAUGGGCAAGGAAGCUUCGAUGGCUGGGGAGACGCAACAGCGUGCAGGGCAGACCUUCCCACACCACCGGCGCCACAGCAACAGCAUCAUCAUCAUCAGCAGCAGCAUCAUCAUCAGCAGCAGCAUUAUCAUCAUCAGCAGCAGCAGCUGAUGGACGGCGGAGGCACCCAUGGUUACGCCAGCCCCAUGCCAGCGUCCUCGCCGCCCGGCAGCCCCGGAUACCCAAGCAGCGCGAGUGAGGGCGACCUCACCCCUCCGGCGAUUGGCUCAUUCGCACCGCGUGCAUUGCGCCCUUCAGUUCCAUGCAAGCAGCCGGGGAGCCGGCAGGCCAGCCCGCCGGCACACCCGCUCUACCAGGCACGCGGCUACACCACGGACGCGCCGGCCUACGGGACGCCGGGGGACGUCUACUCGUCGCGCCAGCAAUACGCGGCGCGCCCCGCCGAUCCCUACGGCCCCCCAGCACACGGCGGCGCGAGGCCGCCCCCGCGGCCCGACACCCCCUCGGGUUUCGCGAGCCGACGCGCGGAGUCCGGCGGCGGCGGCGGCGGCAGUCGCCAGGGCUCCCCCGUCGCGGACGCGAGGAGGGCGUACGCGGUCUCCGACGGGCCCUACGGCGCGUCGCUGGGCCGGGGCGGCCACGACGAGGCGGCGUUCCGGACGGAGUACGCCGACCCCGAAGAUCGAGCGGGCGACGGGGACGACGCCUUCCGGUGGCCCCCGGCCGGGCCUCCCGCCCAGCUGGACGCGAUUUACGCUCGGGCGGGGACGGCGUUCGUGCCGUGCGAGAGAGAGAGCGGCACCCCCAGGGAGACGGCGUGGAGAGACCCUGACCUGCCGGAGGUCAUCCAGAUGCUGCAGCACGAGUUCCCCUCCGUGCAGACCAACGCCGCCGCGUACCUGCAGCACGUGUGCUACGGGGACGACGGCAUCAAGGCGGAGGUUCGCCGUCUGGGCGGCGUGCAGCUGCUGGUGGACCUGCUGGACCACCGCGCGCGCGACGUUCGCCGCGCCGCCUGCGGCGCCCUGCGCAACCUGGUCUUCGGCCGCGCCAACGACGACAACAAGCUGGCAGCACGUAGCUGCGCCGCCGUCGCGGCCCUGGCCCGCCUCCUGCGCCGCGCCACCGACGCCGAGACCCGCGAGCUCGCCACCGGGGUGCUGUGGAACUUGUCAUCCUGCGACUCCCUGAAGAUGACGAUCAUCCAGGACGCGCUCACGGUGCUCACUAACACGGUGCUCGUGCCCCAGGACAUGGACAGUCUCAAGGAGAUGGGGAUCGACAGCCAAAUCCUGGCCAACACCACGGGCUGCCUGCGCAACGUGAGCUCCGCGGGCGAGGAGGCGCGCCGGAGGAUGCGCGAGUGCGACGGCCUCCUCGAGUCGCUGCUGUCCAUGGUGCGCGCGGCCCUGGGCUCCAGCAGCAUCAACGGCAAGGUGGUUGAGAACGCGGUGUGCGUGAUGCGGAACCUCUCGUACCGCCUGGAGGCCGAGACGCGGCAGGGGCAGCAGCUGCGGGCGUCUUGGCGCGGCGACGCCGCGGGGGCCGGGAUGACCUCGUCGCGAGACGAGAACGGGAGCUGCUGGGGAAAGCGUGCACGGAGGAAGCACUUGGACCUCGAGUGGGACGGCUCGGGGCCACUGCCGGACUGGGCCGAGCCACCGCGCGGAGUGGAGCUGCUGUGGCACCCGUCCGUGGUGAAGCCCUACCUGGCGCUGCUGGCACAGUGCUCCAACCCCGACACGCUGGAGGGGGCGGCUGGCGCUCUCCAAAACCUGGCAGCCGGAUCCUGGAAGUGGGCUGCGUACGUGCGCUCCGCGGUGCGCAAGGAGAAGGGGCUGCCCAUCCUGGUGGAGCUGCUGCGCGUGCAGAGCGAGCGCGUCGUCUGCGCCGUGGCCACCGCCCUGCGCAACAUGGCCCUGGACGCGCGCAACAAGGAGCUCAUCGGCAAGUACGCGCUGCGAGACCUGGUGCAGCGACUGCCGCCACCCCCGGGGGCCGUGACGGCGGUGCCGGGAGACGGCACCGACGUCUCGGCGUGCGACGUGAGCACGGCGGCCGUGUGCUGCACCCUGCAUGAGGUGGUGAACAAGAACGCGGAGAACGCCAGGGCCCUGCGCGACGCCGGAGGCAUCGAGAGGCUCGUCGGAGUGACCCGCGCCAAGGCCGGCAGGCACUCGCCGAAGGUGGUGCGUGCGGCGGCGCAGGUGCUGAGCCUGCUGUGGCAGCACCGCGAGCUGCGGGGCCUCUACAAGAAGGAUGGCUGGGUUCAGGGUGACUUCACCCCACCGGUGUCGUCCUCCGACUGGGACAAGGUGAAAUUGUACGAGACUCCCUCGUCUUCGCCGGCGAACAGGAGAGCCUCGCCGACCGCCCAGUCAGUUGGGAGCAUCGCGUCCUCUCGCGAGCUCCUCAAGACGGAGGAGAGGAGGUCCCAGGAGUCGGAAAAGAAGAGAAGCAUCUCCACGUCGCGUUACGACGUCGCUCAGACAGGGAAUGCCGUGCACGGUGGCGCCAAUGGAGGUAGGAGCCAUUCCACAUCCCGACUCCCCUCGACGACUUCGUACAAGUCGACCUCCAUGCGGACAGCCACGGAAAACAGCGCUCCACAGCUGCCGCCUCCGCCCGCGCCGCCCGUCGCGCCGGGGCUCCGCGACUCCCCGCAGCGCGGGCACGGCGGCGGCGGCGGCGUCGUGGGCCACGCGCACCGCCCCGCCCGCCGGGACGCCAGGCCGGAGAGACGCGUCGACCGCUACCCGGCGGCGCAGCCUUCCUGCGGCACGUCCCCGUACGAGGCCGGCCACGUUCAGCACUCGCCCGACUCGUGGGUGUGAAGGCGGCGGCCUCGCGACGUCGCCCUGCGGGCGCCUCUCGCCCGGUGGGCCCCCGCGGUUGCCCCGCGGGGCUCGCUGCCGCUGCCGCGAAGGGGACGCAUCGGAACGCGUGGCGGAGGCCACGGUGGGAGGGUUGCGGGAGUUGUCCGCCCCGGUUAAGAGGUCGACUCCUGGUCGUGUCGCAGGCGGACACGCACCGUGCACCAAAAUACGGCGAGCCGCCGACAGGACGGUGUCCUUGAGGACGGAUUUGUCUGGAGUCCCUUGUUAAACCGUCAACGUUGAAGGAUGUCCCACGUUUGAAUGUGUGUACGUGUGUCUUAGUAAUCGGAGGUGAAUAUGUAUACGAUGCCGACCGCGGGCUGCUUGGCUCUCGGGACGUCCGAGCUGUGCGCUACGGCAAGCCUUGGGUUCCAGGAUGAGCGUCGGUUGGCGCUGUGCCGUCGAGGGUGGCUGGCGGGUUGGGUCGGGGCUUGGGGGGGUUAGGGUUGCGUGUGGGGCUGUUUGCGACGAGGACCAUCCACUCGUGAAAGAUCACUCGGCAGUGCGGCUUAGGCACUGGUAAUCUAUGCACGACGAUGCACAGUCGGUGUGCACUGGACGUGCCAACGCGUCGCAGUGCGCGCUACGUGCCAGCUGUACUCGCACAGGUGGCAUUUAUUCCCCCUGAUUUUACUUCCCCAUUCGAAGGCGCUCGGGACGAUGUCCUCCUUCCUUCGCAGUUUAGCCUGCAGUCAUGGGAGCAGCGAUAACCACGGUUAUCUCCUGAACUGCCAUUCUGGACUAAUACAAAAAAACCGAUCACAGUCAUUUUAUGUUUCGGACAUCUAUAGAAAGCUAUUACGCAGUAAUGCAGCUUGCCAAUCGCAGCGCUGUACUUUAUUGUAAUUUUAAAUAAAGACUUGUGACUGAAAUAGUGGAGACUUUAAAUGUUCUUAGACUGAUCUACAUCCGUGAGCAAAGAUAACUAUGUAACUGUCUUAAAUCUCAUUCUUCUUAUAAUCUGCAUUUAUUCUGUACUCGUUGAGGCCUUUUUGGAAAACAAAAAAAAACUUCAGGAACUGCAUUUAGCAGUGGAGUCAAAACACAGGCCGGAGGUCCGGCGACUUGCCACGGUCAUCAUUUAACAAACAUCUGCCUCCGAGCUGUCGAAUUUGCGCUCUUAUAACGAAUUCGUUUUACGGCGGUGUUUGUUGACAAACAUAUCCAGCCUGUGUUUUACCCUCAGAAAUGUAUGCAGCCAAAGUGGUACCAUAAAAAAUGGAGCCUCAACAGUGUUGUACAGUGCUUUGAUCAUGUCACCAAUCAAGCAACGGUGUUGUACAUUGUCACGGCUAAUGGGUACACUAUUGUGCAUGACCCUCUGCCUUGCAUAUCAUAAAGCAUCGGUGUGGCCCGCCUUGACGUGGGUCUGUAGAGUGCACACUGCUCGGUUAUCAUUUAAAUUGGCUGAACAGACUGUAAUUAAAUAUAUUCCAAAAUUAUCUAAUUGAAGUGAACUUAGUGCCGUGUCAUGAGAAUCCGUUUAGAUGUUUAGCCGCUGCCAUCCGUCGUGGUGUUAAUUCUGACAAACCGUGAAUGCAUGCUCUUUUACCAGCGGGCAUAAUUUCGUCGUGUUUGUGUGCGGUUCAAUGCGUCCGCGUCUCGAGCGUGCCAUCCCGGGCGGCGGCAAGUCUGUCAAAGUGCUCCCGCCCCGCGACGCCACGGCAGGGCACGGCGUUCCACUCUGGACGGAAGCUGUACCUGCGGCGCUCUUGUCUGGAUGAUUCCAAUAACACUUUGAAAUGCCU